UCUUGGGGCUCUCCGGGCUCCCGCAUCCCUGAACCCACCCCCGCCAUGCCUUAUCCAGCGGAUGAGAGAAUUAUCUACCACUUGCGCGGUCCUUCGACGUCAGCUGGGGAGGUCCCGACGCUGAGCUCCAACCUCAGAGAAGCUCUUUAUAGCGUGGCCAGCGGGCAGGGCUGCGUCGUCGCUGUCCCUGGAGUGGGACCCUGCUGUGCGCUCUUUCUUACGUGUUCUUGUGCAUUCAGAAAGGGCUUUCUGUCGGGUGCUCAGCCCGAGGCAGCCAGGAUCCUUCUCGGAGGUCAGUUGGGUGGAUGAGACCCGCACAGGGAGGCCGGGGCCUCCAGAUCACAGAGGUGCCCUGAUGUCCGAGCCUCUGUGACCAGCAGCUGCAUGGAGGGGCCCUGACCCACAGGGAGCCUGCGGAGAGGGAGGGCCGACCUUGGGGGCCCGCAGGCCCCCGAGCAGACAGAUGACAGGUCCUCAUCUGCACAACAGAGAGCCCAGAGCAGAACCACGGCUCUGUCUGCAGCUCUGGGGACAAGGCCUCCUGUACAUCCUUGGUGGGCAGCAGCGGGCCCCCCAGGGCUGAGCUGGGGGUCAGGUGCAGGCUGGCCUGGUAACCGGGGUCUCUGGCAGCCCUUGACUGAGGCAGCGAAGUCACUGCUCUGAGCCAUCUUACGAGUAAUUUAUGCGGGAAUUUUGUCUUCUCCUGUGCCCCACCCCAAACAUCUUGGGUCAUGGUUCCCAAGCUCUUGAAUAAGUUACGAGACUUAAUACUGAUCGAUGCUUCCUUUCUUCGUUAUAAGGAUCGUUCAGGACUCACUGAAACUGCGGGCUUUAGCAGCUACCGUUAAUGGUAAUCCUUCCCUGUGGCUUAUGCCUUUCAAACGGGGUCUGUCGGCUGCCGCCCUCCUGGGCUGCCUUUCUGGUCCCACGCCCCCACAGGCCUCCCCCGCACUCCGCGUGUGAACUUGGUCGCGUCACCCCUCUAAGGAGCAGGCGCCCGGCCCUCCGGCCGUGGGGCAGGUGCGCGGUUACCCAGGCCCGGGCCUCGGCUGUGGGCGGAGACAGUGAGGCCCUUGCCAGCCGGAAGAGCUCUGUGGUUUUGCAGCUCCGCUCCCCGUUCCCUGGUUUGCACGUCUGCCACCUCGCUUGGCACGUGGUUCACUGCGGCGUUUAACAGCCCUUGUUUCUGGAUUAAACUGUCCGUACCCCCUUGGAACGGGCAGACCAGCUUCAUGGUGCUCUAGCCGAGUGCGUUCCUGUGUGGGGUGGUUUGGGGUUGGGGCCUCCUGCUCCUUCGUCAGAGCCAAGGGCCCCGCUCCGGAACCGCCCUUGACCUGGCUGGGCACGCAGGAGGUGAGGACGUCUCUGGAGACGUGCCGCAGGAGGGGACUGUGCACAGAGGCUUUCAGUUUUGCCAACAUCUUCAGGGACAGAAAUGCCUCACAACUUCCCCUGGAUCAGAGGGGAGGAAAGGUCCCUCCGUCCGAACAGACUGCAAAGGACUUUCUUUCCCAGGUGGACGGGUCAGGAUUCUAUUUAGAAAACCCUUCCCUGGGGGGAGUUUCUCUAAUGUGCUUCCCUCCCCUCCCGCAGCAAGGUUUGGCCAUCUCUGGAGCCAGAAUCGCUCUUGCCGUAGUGAGCGCCUCUUAGGGACCAGUUACGCUGGAAUAAAGGAUGGUUAUAACAAAACAUGCAAAUUUCCUUUCCUUUUAAAGAGAGCUGGGUCUCCUGGAUGUCACCAGAGUAAGCUCAUCUGUUGGUUAUUGUGGUUCUGGGAUUGUAAUCGGGAAGGAGGCUUGCAGGGAUCCCUGUGAAACUCUUCCGUGCUCUGUGUGGGGAGGGCAGGUCCUGCCGGUUUCCUGCGGAACAUUCUGGUUCCUGUUGUUAGCCUGUGUUUAUAGACGGGGCUCCACGAAGAGCCCCCUCCUCCUGUGGCCGGAUGAAAGGCCGUUUCACCCAACAGCCUGCUCUUCGUGAUAGACAACGGCGCGGACGACUGGCGCAUCGCCAUGACCUACGAGCGGAUCCUGCACAUCAGCCUGGAGAUGCUGGUGUGCGCCAUCCACCCCAUCCCCGGCGAGUACAAGUUCUUCUGGACAGCCCGCCUGGCCUUCUCCUACGCGCCGUCGCGGGCGGAGGCCGACGUGGACAUCAUCCUGUCCAUCCCCAUGUUCCUGCGCCUCUACCUGAUCGCGCGGGUCAUGCUGCUGCACAGCAAGCUCUUCACCGACGCCUCGUCCCGCAGCAUCGGCGCGCUCAACAAGAUCAACUUCAACACGCGCUUCGUCAUGAAGACGCUCAUGACCAUCUGCCCCGGCACCGUGCUGCUGGUCUUCAGCAUCUCGCUCUGGAUCAUCGCCGCCUGGACCGUGCGCGUCUGCGAAAGGUACCAUGACCAGCAGGACGUGACCAGUAACUUCCUGGGCGCCAUGUGGCUCAUCUCCAUCACAUUCCUGUCCAUCGGCUAUGGGGACAUGGUACCCCACACAUACUGCGGGAAAGGCGUCUGUCUUCUCACCGGCAUCAUGGGUGCGGGCUGCACUGCCCUGGUGGUGGCCGUGGUGGCCCGCAAGCUGGAGCUCACGAAGGCCGAGAAGCACGUGCACAACUUCAUGAUGGACACGCAGCUCACCAAGCGGAUCAAGAACGCAGCAGCCAACGUCCUCCGGGAAACGUGGCUCAUCUACAAGCACACGAAGCUGCUGAAGAAGAUCGACCACGCCAAAGUCAGGAAGCACCAGCGCAAGUUCCUGCAGGCCAUCCACCAACUGAGGAGCGUCAAGAUGGAGCAGAGGAAGCUGAGCGACCAGGCCAACACGCUGGUGGACCUCUCCAAGAUGCAGAGCGUCAUGUACGACCUGAUCACGGAGCUCAACGACCGGAGCGAGGACCUGGAGAAGCAGAUCGGCAGCCUGGAGGCCAAGCUGGAGCACCUGGCCGCCGGCUUCGGCUCCCUGCCCCUGGUCAUCGCCGACGCCCUGCGCCAGCAGCAGCAGCUCCUGUCCGCCCUCGCCGAGGCCCGGGCCGGCCCCGCGGGCGCCACCCGCACGCCCCCGCCCUCCGACAGCCCCCUCGGGGUGCCUCCGCUUGGGAGCAGGAAGAGGAAGUGGCAGGACCCGGCCCCAGGCGGCGCCCCGGCUGCAGGGCUGGGGCGGAACAGAAAUCCACGCUCCAUCUCAGGUCUCGGGGGAGGGCCGGGGGCGGGGCGGGUGCAGCAGGGCGGCCCACGGAGGAGCCCAGGACAGGGUCCCUCGGGGGUGGUGUCAGGCUUGGGCGGGGGUCCCUCACCACUGGGGUCCUGAGCACACCCCUCUCCACGCCAUUUGUCUCAGAAAGCUUCUGGGCGACAAAAGGCAGGGAGAGCCCCACAACCUGCCACAACAGACGUGCUUUCCUCCCGUACUUUAACCAGUCAUAAAACCCAAUUUAGACUAAAAAAGAGAGAGAGAGAGAAAUAAAAAGCCAGAUUUUGCUGUGUGUCUACAAGUGUGUGCACGCACACCCCCUACACUCAACGCAGGCCUGGCCUGGCUUGAGCCCGACCCGAAGAGACGGGGACCUGACACCUUGUCCCGCACACAGCUGGCACCAGACGCAUGUGGAGUUGGCUUGAAUCCGAGUGUGGGUGCCUUCAGCUCAGGUAGUCUGCUGGCAUCGGGCACAUUCUGGGCUUCCCUGAAGAUGGGGACCCCUUCAGACACGGCCCAGGCGCCCGGCCUGGACGCACACCAGCCUUGAGGGGUUUGAGACGAAUGCCGGCCACCCUUGCCAGCUUCUGGAGAGAGAAGCAGCCUUCUGAAAAUAACAGCCUGUGCCGAAUUUUCUCGUUAUAUCCAAACAGCUGUGUUCCAGGGGAGCAGGUGACCGUGUCCAUGUGGGGAGGGGGCGUGUAAACACAGGUGCAGCCCCGGGAGACCCCCUGGAGGUGGUGCGGGGCCUCCACUCAGCCUCACGCACCCGGCAGCGCUGCUCCUGCCCCAGGGGUUAGGAGCGUAGAGGGUCCAGUGCCUCCCUGAGAGCAGAGCCGGGACACGUGGUGGUGAGAGGCCCACGUGGCCCCUCCUCCUGACCCAAGACCCACUCCAAAUGAGAGAUUCUGGGAACCAGGGAGCUUGUAGGGAGGCUUGUGGGUUAGGGGAAGGGCCACAGAUCUGUCAGCAGCCCGUUCCUCCUGUAUUUUGUUCAUCUUGGUGCAAAAUGCAUUCAAAUUUGUCUCAAACUCCAAGAAACUUGAGAAACACCCUGGUCCAGCACUGUGACGGGUGUCGGGGGAGGCGUGUGGACGCCGUGUUUCACGUCUAUACGUGACCGCUCGCCGCGUUCAUGGGUCUCAUCACUCUUCUCGUUGUGAGGGCUUCGCUGCAGCGGGUGGGGCUGGACGAGCCGGUGGAAACGUCACAUCUGUUUCGGGGAAAGUACCAGGGUGUCCGCUGUGUGUGGUGCUUCUGGGGGCUUCGCCGGGCAUGGGACACUGUCACAUCCCUGACAUCAGAGCUGGGCCAGGUCCUCUAGGGACGGGGGGUGGGGAUCGCUAGGCUGCUACAGGUAGAUGAGUCCGGAGCCCAGCUUCUACUCCCAGAAGAUCUGGUCUCUUGCUAAACUUCCUCUUUUCUCUCUUUCCUGCUGUUGUCCCCGCAUGGUCUUACCCUCAUCUCGGUGACGCACGGGAGUGUUUCCAUCGGCUGCUUUGCAGAGCCACACUCGCUGCUGGCUCUUGAUUUUGUUACUUGUUCUUCUAAUGAUUGAUUAUCGGAAAGCUCCCCUCCUCUCUGUCCCAAGAAUGGUGCUUCGUUCCAGUAACAGCACAGCCAAAACCGCACACCGAUGAUGUCCAGGCAGAUGACAUUAGCACACGGUGUCCUUGUGGCCAGAGUUCUGUCUCACAAGGUGGAGCCCGUGGCCGGCGGUACUGACCCACGGCCCUCCCCCGUGCCCCUCUGCUCGCCCUCUCCAUCCCGCUGGAAUCCCGUGUGUGACAGCACACAUGUGUGUGCACAUUCACAUGUCUAGGGAUUUAGUCUUGACCUCGAAUGAAUGACACGCAAAGGUCACCACCAGCCCCACCCAGAUUGCUGUUGACCCGGGUCUGUGGAGGAAUCUGUAAGCCCUCCUCCCCGCUGUCCCCCUCGGUGAAGCCUGAAGACCAGGCCAGCAGCCGUGGUGAAGGGGGGGCUGGACGCGUCGCCAGCAGCAGCGGCCCCGGCAUCCCAGGAACACGUGGGCAUCUGUAGCAUGAGUUGGCCUGUUGGUAGCGCCAUAGCUGGGUGUGGUCCAUCUCCUUGGCGAAAGAACGAUGAUGGUGUCUGCUUCUUGACCUCGAGACGGUGACUGGGGGCUGCUCUUUGAACCCGUGUAUCAGCUGCGUGUGCGGGAGUUCUCCGUCCUCCGGGAGCAAGGUCAAUCCCGGUGACCUCAGCACUGAUUGCCCGAAGUGUAGUCCCGCCAGGUGUCCGCCCCUUGGGUCACCUUUUGGCAAAUCCCACUGUGCCUCAGCGUCACGGUCAGACGGGGAAAGGCGUCAGGUGCCUUCUGGUUCCUUAUUUUCAAGUUCAGGGACAGAGGGCUACUGGAUGAUGAGGGUUUCAUUAGCUACUCGAGAAUCGGCUGUAUGUAAGAACUAUCCAGUACAAUGACCUCUCUCUCACACUCAGCCGAGGGCGUUCCCACUCCUGUAAGGCUGCCCCGUCAGCAGAGCCCCACUGGGACCUUUCUGAUACCUUAAUGACAGGGAGAGAACCCUAAUAGUCCCCAAAAUGUCUGGACACUUGAAUGAAAACCAUAGAGCCACCCUCAUCGCGUAAGCCAUACUCGAGCCUCAUGUACUGCGAAGUCAGGGACGCACUGUGAUCCUUUAAGACCACGGGUCUCCGUGGCAUUUUAGGACAUGGCACCAGUUGGUAAAUUAUGCCAGACGAGGGACUCCCUCCUCCUUACACUGAAGUCCAAAUACAAAUCUGCACCUUUGGGUCAAAGGCCACCGCUGUCCCAUCCUCAUCAAUAAAUUGUCAUAAAGUGUCUGAGCUGCCCUUGCCCUGUCCCUAAUGUGCAGCUUCAUGACGUCACCUCUCUCCAAAUGCUUCAUGAGAUGCAGGGGCGUGGGGAGGCCCCAGGUCGCCACCGACUUCGGCCUCAGCAGGUGCCCGUGGCGCGGCAGCAGAGCUCGUACCCCGGGGGCCCGGGGAACGCAGGCGCCGGCAAACUGCCAGCGAGCACCUGCGGCUCUCGGCGUCUGUGAAAGGCCGAGAAGGACCAGCAGUGAAGAAAUCAUGACUUUAAUAUAUUUGAGGAUUUCCCCCUUAGAUUCUCAGUGAUUUCUGUGUGAGUGAAGGAAGGAAACAGGAAGAAAGAGAGAAAAUCAGAGGAAGGAAGCUCUAAGGCCAGACCCACAUCUUGGGCCAAUUAACGUGACCACCUAGUGCCUCAGUUUCUCUGUGCGUAACAGGAAGACAAGAGUCACGGGCUUGGGGACGACGUACUCGGUAGAUUUUAGGGGCGUCGAUAGCAGCCGGGCUGUUCCUGUCCCGCCCCCUCUCGGGUGUAGCCUCUGAGGUGACAGAAAGUCAUCAGUCGUGUCGGCUGCGCAGUGACUGGCACAUGGGACCUCUGUCCCCGUUCGGGGGUCCCUCGAGCCACAGCGCACCCCAGAUUAGGAACAGGAGGUGUUCCUCGCGCCACUGAGACGCUGGGAAGUCAUUGCUCCGCCGCCGGCUCCCGCUCCUUGAGUCCCUGCUUGCAAACCCUCCGCUCCGUCCCCCGUCCACGCCGCCAUUCUGCUUCCCUGAAAGUGGCGUCAGAGCAGAGCAAGGAUCCGCUGGUGGCCGCCCCCGUGGGCUCGGGGCGGCACUGGGUUUGAGGACCGUAGACAGCCGUCUGGGGGGGUGCGCGUGGGGCAGCUCCCCCGUCGUCGGCCGCCCUGGCCACGCCCUGCACCCGAUCCCUUCUUCCUCGGCCGCCGCCCGAGGAAGCACGACGUGGGAAAGGGGCCACUGACGCCACCAAGAAAGGGGUGUCCCCGGGCCUGCGGCGUGGCCUGCGGGCCCCUGGCCGUGGAAUGUAGGCGAGCGCCCCUCAUCCCGAAAGCUUCUGUCAGGGCGCGUGGCUAGACGGCCGGAGGAACCGCCGGACAGACAAGUCCCACGCAGAUUCUGUCCCGAGAGAUGGAGUAGUUUUAUGGGCGCUCGGCGCGGCGUCUUGUAAACACCCUCAGAGAAAACCAGUCGCUCUGGGCUGUUUUUCCCACAUCAGUGCUGGAAACGCCCAGACACGAACUGGAUCCUUCUGAACAAAACCAUUCACAACGCGUCCGCGGACAACGUCCGAAUCCAGGUGCCAAGUGCCGGGCGGAGAGUCGUUUACGCGCCAAGAUGCACAUUCUGGAAGCUGCGUCUUGGGCCUGGACCAUGCGCUGGAACAGAGGAAGUGCUGUGACCAGCCAAGCUGAUGGAGGAAAAGCACAAAACUCAGCACCCACCUGUAGUCAGGAUCCCCAAAGAAAUGCUGAAUUUAUAGCCAAAAAAAAAAAAAAAAAAGAGAGAGAGAGAGAGAGAAAGAAAUCAGUGACAAAUCAAAUACGGAUCUGCCUGGAGCGGCCAGCUUCAGGGUCCGAGGAGGGACCGGGAAUACAUGACGCUCCCCAGCUGGGUCCCGCGGCACCGCCCAGGACCAGUCCACCUGCAUCGGACAUCUUCAUGGCGCGACGACUCGCCGUGGUCCCAGCCCCGCGUCCCGCGCCGGGCGGAGGAGAGCAGGAGCGAGAGCGCGUCUCCGUGGCGAACUCGGGAACCGAAGCCGUCGUGGUCAGCACCGUGUGAGCUCCGAUAUGAAUUUGCAUCUUGCCUCUGUACUGCUUGCUAUUUUUUAACGAUAGGAGAAAGCAUAACAGUUUAUUUUAAAUAUGAAGUAUAUUGCUAUAUUAUAAAAUAUAUUGUAACUUUCAAUGACCGUUCUGUACCCGCCUGGUCUGCAGCAGCCCAGGGUCGCUCGCUGCCCCCCGACUGUUUCUGAGUACAUAUCGCUGCGAGCGGCGGCCAGACGCCCAGACCCGGGGCUCAGCCUCCUGCGCAGCCGCGUCCUCAUGCCCUCAGACCGGCCUAGUAGAGACAAAGGAACGUUGUUCCAAACUUAGAGGAAUCGUGGUCCCUGAAACUCCACCAAGCCAUUUCAGAGGGGAUUUUAAAAGCCAUGACUCCCUUAGGGGCUGCGCCAAGCCGGCCCGAUCCACGAACGGGGUUCCCCGUGGAAAUGCCAGGGUCCCCUCGCGCAAGUGACAGGAGCCUCAGAACCAGCUGCCUGGGCUGUCCUUUGGGAAUGUCAGGAUCGGGCAUUAGGAAGCCUCGUUCCUGGGUGACACAAAGGACUCAAACUUCUAGGUGGCCUGUGCUGCUCUGCCAGAUUCAGGGAGCGUCCCUCAGGCAGGGAAACCCCAGUGAGCCGCUGAGCUCCUCCCGGCUGGCCUGAGCCUGGAGGAAGCAGGCUUCCCCGUGCGCGGCCCCAAACCCCUACUGGGGAGCACAGCUCCUGGGGAUGUGACGGAGGAAGCAGGACACCCCCAGCAAGACCCGGCACAGCGCUGGGCUUCCCUUCCUGCCCCCGGAGCGGUCAGGUAGCCAGAGGAAGGAAGCUGCUGCCGAGGCGCUGGCAGAUCUGGGGGACACUCCCCACCGAGCGGCCCAGGAGCUCCGCGCACUCCGCGUCUCAGUGGCAGGUGAGACACGUGGAGAAUUGCUCACGUCCCUCCUCUGAGGGACAGAGGGCCUAUUUCCAGACGAAAGCAGGGUGUGUUUAGUGACAGAACAAGGGUUUUCUGGAAUCCGUGUUGUUAUCACUCUGGGCUGAUACCGCCCCGGGUGGGGAAAGGGCACCGAGAAGCAUCAGUGCCCCUGAGGCCGCGUCUCUUCCCUUCUCACACCGAACACGCACCCGGCUAGCGCGGCAGCACAGACAGCAGGUCUCUCCGGGGGAAGCCUGGGGUCCUGGCAAACUCUGCUGCCGGUUCCUCUGACGGAAAAGCACGCGAGCACCCAGCUUCAGGCAGCGUGCACGGCCAAGCUCACUUCCACACACGGUUUCUUCUUCGUGAGCAAAGUGCUCUGGGCAUCUGCUACUCCCCGAUUCCGGGGGGGGCUGGGUUCCAUCGAAGCCAUCAGAACUCCAGGGCACCUGUUUUGAGCAGGUCACUCGCUUGCUGGGUAAUGGAAAUUAGUUUAUUCUCAAUUUGAUAACCAGCCGAUGAAUGUCCUGGUGGUAACUGAUUUGUCUCCUAAUCCUUUUCUGCUGCUAAAUAGAACUGUCUCUUUUGGCUUUUUCUUCCAGCGCUUCUCAGACUAAGACUUUCAUUUAGAGACAGCAAAUAUGUUCUGACCUCCCCCCUCGAAGUUAUUAUUCAGUCUAGAUCACGAAAGCCAAUGCAAAUUCCUGCUCUGGGGAAAGCGACCCCUGGACGGUAAUUCGGCUAUGUGGCCACGCGCGGACCCUGGCUUUUCAAAGUGGGGUCUGCAGACCAGCAGCUGGGAACUCAGAAGGGCAAACCCUUGGGGCCCAUGCCAGACCUGCUUAAUCCAAUCUGGCAUUUUAACAAGAUCCCCAAGUCAUCUGUACAGACAUUAAAUAUUGAAGCGCUCUGGCCUCACCACACAGCAACGGUAACUGGCAUCAUUAAUAGCUGGGAAAGGAAACCAUUUGCUCUUUGACCCUCAUUUACAGAAUUACUUGACAGAGGAAAGUCCUGUAUAAUCAUAAGGAUAAAAACAAAUGCAUCGUACAGUUCCAUUCCAGGUCAUAUAACGUGCCUGGCGCGCCAAACGGGCAGCCUCUCCCCGGUCUGACUUUUGAAGGGCUUGCUUUGUAGGCUUGACGCACUUGGAAGUCCCUUUCCGGGUUUCUGCUUUUAGCCUACACGGGGAGGGCCAUCGGAGUAUCAGGCAGCCCCCAGGGCAGGUCCCUCUGGAAGCGUCCCCGGGCCGGGCUCCGCACAGUACUGAAAAGCUGUAUCUGGGCUCCUUCCUUGAGCAAGUCAGCUCCCCCCGCCCCCGGGCCCUGCCCCGCGAGGCCUGUCCUCCCCAGAGGAAACCCAGCAAGAGAAGUUAGUCCCACCGUCUAGACACAUUCCGAAGCUCUUUCCAAACCAGUUCUCCCAACCGUUACCCCAACCAGAGACACUCCAAGGUGAGCGAGGGAAAAGGUGGCUUGUGAUACUAGCGCCGUCGUCGAUAUGUACCCAGAAACGGUUCUGUUCUGAACUAAUGGCUUUAACCUGUUCAUUGUAAAAAGUGCCUUGGACUUCGACCUAAGAGGUCAGUAUAAAUGUGUGUGUGUGACAUAUGUCGGCAAAUCCUUACACGUUUGCCCGCACGUAGGUGCACACACGCACCCGCACAUCCGUUCGCGAUGUACACGCCCACAGACGCUUCGCGACAUGUAUCGCUACUCGCAGCCCCGUUUCCUUUGUCUGGUCCUGUGUCAUUCGUUACGUGCCACCUUUACACAGAGAAGUUCUGUUCAGGACA